AUGCCACGGAGCUGUUCCCUUCAUUUCCUUAUGAAAACUGCCGAGGGGACGUUCGUCACCGUGAGAUAUGUGGAACUAUUUGCUUGGAUUGUAACGUUGGCGUUGAGUGUGUAUUUUAACCGGAAAAUAUGGAAGGUCCCGACAAUCAGCAGGAAUUUGCGAAUCAUUAUUGUAGGUUUACAAUGGGCACGGUUCGAGUGAGAUCUACUGUCCCUUUGCAAAGUUGCUGGAGUGAUUUUGCGACAUGCAUUGCGAGCAAACAAGUGCUCAUUGCGCGGUGAAAGUUGUUGCUUUUUGCACCAUGCAAUAGGCAUUUGCCGGACGCCGUUUUUACCCUUACUAGACUUAUAUCUUCUCAACACUACUAAUCUCUUUUUUCAGAUGGUAAGCACUGCAUUUUGCCUUUACAUAUCGCUAAUCCACGUGUUAUUCAACUUUAUUCCUGCUAAAUAUUACAACUGCGUUCACAAAGACUACAGAUGGACGGCGGUUGCGCUAAACGGGCUCAUGUUAAUCGCUCAUAUCCAAAUUAUAAUGGUCGAAUUUAAAUAUGUUCUAAUUGCCCUUGAAAGACUUUACGCGUAUAGAUUGAAGGGCCGAUAUGAUGAAUACUGCAACUGUUUUAUUGUUAGAGCCUAUUUGAAAUGCGUAAGUUUACAUAUAUCGGCAGCCGCGAUCCUGAUACAUUAUAGGCUUCUGACUCUGUAGGCUUCAGCUCAUUUUUCAUGCUGAUUCCGAAACUGACAUUUUUUUGCCCAAAAACUUGCACAUCGGUUAUAUCCGGAUGAAAUCCAAAAUCCGAUUUUCGUAUCUUGCGAACUAGAAACUCAAUCCAAAAUCGCUGACUAGGAAAGUUGCGCAGCCCCAUUUGGAAGCGCCGGAAGUAGUUUUUGGACAGCAAUUUACAGUAGCCGUACCUUAACAAUCCGCCGAGAACCAUUGCUUGUUUAUCGGACGUGUUUUCUACUGCUUUCAAACUUUCUAAUUGGAUUCUUACAUUUAAGCUCAAAACUACGGUAACUGUAAUUUUUUUUAAUUUUCUCAAUCCUCAGAAUACGUGUGUAGAUGAAGGAUAUUUCGUUAGAUUCUGUGCAAAACGAAAAAAGCCUGCGAACGUAGGCUUUUUUGUUGAUUGCACGGUGCAAAUUUUUCCAAACUUUGAGUUUUAAAGGGGAGUUUCUGCCAAAUAUUUUGCGACGCUCCUUAUUGUAUUAUUUAUAACAAAAGCAUUGAUGUUUACAGUUUCUUGGGUCGAUGAUCAUAUUUAUUCUGCGAGUCGUGUUUAUCAUCUACAUGAAUCCGGAAAUGCAUUCGGAUGAGUUGAUUGUGUGGACGAUACAUAUGGAUUCUUCAGUUUGGGGCCUCUUCUUUAUGUUUGUGAUAUCAUCCAUGGCUAUGAUGUUCUCUGUUGUGGUAAGUCAGAGGUAUUCAGAAGCAGAUGCUCUGUGGCUGCUGCAUAAAUAUCAAAACAUUUGCAAAGUGUUGAAGUGCUGGACUGGUCCCAAGGUCACAAAAGUUUAGCCGGGCGUCCAGAAUGUAAAGCUAGCUAAAACAGGCAAACAUUGGACCUUUAUGUGUCACAAGGAAAUCUGUGAAGACCUGUGAGAUAAUAUGUUUGUGCUAUAUGUUAGUGCACUUGCAGUUGGCAGUAUUUGGACUUUCAGAUCUUUUUCUAUCUCCACGUCAGGAUCCGGAAAGACGAGGGCAAUUCGUACUGUCUCCGUCUACGUUACGAAAUCAAACAAACAAAACAUGUUCUCCGGUAUAUCAUCAGCUUAGUGGGGCUGGCAUUCCUACUCCUCUUUGUCUGCGUUCUAUAUUACGUGGGGAUGUUCUACUACAUGUUUCAUGAUGGUCUCACCGACUACAGCUAUCAGAUUAGAAGCAUUAAGACAGUAGGCAAAUUAAGCUGAUGUGUACAACAACUUUUAGGUUUUGAUGACUUCUCUGUCUGUCUACAAUUUUGCUUGUAUGGCAUUUAUGAUACGUGGUUUCCCACAACUCCAAAAAGCAAUUUAUCGCGACUUUGCGUUCCUGGAAAAGCGGAUUUCCGAGCCACAGAUGAGUCGAGUUGCGCCGGGGAUGGAAAGCGACAUGUAUUUCAAACAACUUCACAACUCUUGGUUGUAA